GUGGCGCUCGCUGCAUUCUCUGCCUCAGCCCAGCCUCAAACCGAUAGCACAGUCAGAGCUGGAGCCCAGUGUACAACAAGUCCCAAAUGACGUAUGCUACCGUGUAUUUGGAACCAGAUUUCGACCAGGGUGCAGAGGCGACAAGAGCGUACAAGUCUGCUUUAUUCACACUUUCUAACCUCACCGCACAUCCGCCAUCUCAUACCCACAACGUAUUUUCCCAACCAACCACUACAACACCUUCUCUUUUCUCUGCGCUCCUUCUCAAUCCACAAGGCCAAGGCCCUCUAGGAAGUGCAAUCCGUAUAGCACUAAAACUUCGUCAACAAUUCUUUCUUUUCCGUCUGUUCGGUGGACCCAGUGGAAGUUCUGCGAGGAGAGGAGUUGAGGAGAUGCGUGGAAAGACAAUAGAAGUGGUGGAUCUGCUGCAACAUUCUGCGGAGCUUUGGUCAAACCACCGAAACUUCUUCCAAGGUAGCAUCAUCACCAUCGUCUGAGGAGGACCUAUCCACGGAGGACGCCCCCCAAAACACGACCUCCGCUACGUAUUCAUACUAAAUCGCUUGCUCCCUCCAACAACCCGCGUCUUAGCA